CCCAAAAUAAACUACCCCCAUCGGAUGCUGCGGAAUUUGCCUUGGUAAAAAUUCGCCCUAGAGAUUGCUCUUUCUAAAGACCCUUUGUUUGGUCUUCUCAAGGCCGCCUUUCACCCCCCACAGCAACCGAAACUGCGACGAGCACGACGACGAGCACGACGAACGAGAGCGAACGAACGAGCACGAGAAAUUUAUUUUUUCUUGGCGAGAAGAAUAGAAGCACCGAAUUAUAUCUUUUUUGGUGCAGCAAGCCCGAUCACACCCCGCAAUACGCGGAAUGACCUUUACAAAGGCCACAACAUAGUUACCGAAGCAUUCGCGAUUUCCAACCUAAACUGCAGCAAACAACAAGCUAGGCCUUCACAAAGUACGGGAAAGGAAGGAGGAGGAAAAAAAAAGUCAAAAAAAGGAAAAGCCUCAAAAGGCCCAAAUGCUCCUCCAAGUCCGCCCCUGGAGGCUGGUCUCUGCGCUGCCCAUAGUCGUCGUCGUGCUCGUGGCCGGCUUCGUCGUCACGCGACUGGUCGGGUUCCUGCACAUCUUUGGGGUGCUCCAGCCUCACUCGGGAAUCCGGAUCACGCAGGGAGAGAUUGAGCUCGCGCACAAACGAGGACGGGACCCAAGCGACAAACCCGUCGUCCCCCGGAUAACCCACCAAAUCUUCCACGCCUGGAAGCACCCCGGAAACGACACAUUGCCAGGCCACUGGGCGCACGCCCGCGAGAGUUGUCGAUUGCACAACCCGGAUUGGGAACACAAGAUCUGGUAUACGGAAAACUCGCGCGAGUUUCUACGAGAGAACUACCCAUGGUUCCUGCCGACAUAUGAUGGUUACAAAUUCCCCAUCCAGAGGAUAGACGUGCUCCGCUACUUUCUGCUGCGGCAUUAUGGAGGUAUCUACCUCGAUCUAGACAAUGGCUGCGCGGCAAGUCUAGAUGCCCUCACCUACUACCCCGCCUUCACGACCGACGGUGGGCACGGCGCGCUGAGUAACAACAUCAUGGGCGGACAAUCAGGCCAUCCAUUUUUCCACCUGCUGACCGAGAACCUGGCGGCCUGGGACUGGAACUGGUUGCUGCCGUACGUCAUCAUCAGCUACUGCAGCGGGCAGUGGUACGUGACGGCCAUGUGGGAGCGGUACCACCGGUUGCUGCAGCUGACUUCGGGUUCCGGCGGGGGCUCCGUGGCCGGACUCGAGUCCCUCGGGCGCGGCUGGCGGCCCCUCCACCACGUGCUCAUGGACAUGCGAGACGGCGCCGACCCCUGGGUCUACUUUACGCAGGUCCGCGGCGGGACCUGGUCCAACUGGGACAGCGACAUCUUCCCCUGGAUCGGGGACCACAUCCCCGAGAUCGCCGGCGUCGUCGUCUUGACCUCGGGCUUGGUGGCUUGGUUCUGUAUGUGGGCGGUCAGGAGGCGGAGGACGCGCGACAGGGGCAAGGGCUACCUGCCGCUGGCCGUCGAGGAGCACGCCCUGGCUGCGAGGAGGUGAUGAUAUACGGCCGGCUAUUUCCCCCUUUUGUACGAGUGAGAAUGGAAACUUGCGGUGGACAUCGGCCGCAGCUUUUAAUUGUUAAUCGAGGUUGUAACAGUCAAUCUUUUUUGUUUCUUUUUUUUUUCUCAUCGUCAGUUGUACCGGAAUUUCCAAUCUUUUGAUGAAUGGCAUGAAAUGCUUUCGCGACUUGCCGAGCGGUCCUGAAUUUCAAGAUACCAUUGUGUAGGAAUGCCAGAUAAAAGAUUCUUCG